AAGCACCUAGAGGUUGUUUGCCUACUGCCAAUAAAACCAGAGAAGAAGAAGAAGCAUCAAAACAACAACACUGCUAGCUCCGAAGGAAAGCGACUAUUACUUAUUUCUUCUUAUUUGGGACCUAUAAACAGGUACGCUGGAAUUUUCUGACACCCACUCGGACAUGUCCUAUGUCUUCAUCAACGACUCGUCGCAGACCAACGUGCCUCUGCUGCAGGCCUGCAUCGAUGGAGACCUGCCGUUCGCCAAGCGGCUCCUCGAAACGGGGUGCGACCCCAACAUCCGGGACAACCGGGGCCGCACGGGCCUGCACCUAGCCGCCGCUCGGGGGAACGUGGAUAUUUGUCGCCUGCUGCACAAGUUCGGGGCCGAUCUGUUGGCGACGGAUUAUCAAGGGAACACGGCGCUGCACCUGUGUGGUCACGUGGACACCAUACAGUUCCUGGUGUCCAACGGGCUGAAGAUCGAUAUCUGUAACCACAACGGAUCGACCCCGCUGGUGCUCGCUAAGAGGCGUGGAGUCAACAAAGACGCCAUCCGUCUGCUGGAGGGACUGGAGGAGCAGGAGGUGAAAGGCUUCAACAGAGGGGCUCACUCCAAACUGGAGACCAUGCAGAUGGCCGACAGUGAGAGUGCAAUGGAGAGCCACUCCUUACUCAACCCCAACCUGCAGAGCAGCGAAGGCGUCCUGUCCAGCUUCAGGACCACCUGGCAGGAGUUCGUGGAGGACCUGGGCUUCUGGCGGGUCCUGCUGCUGCUGGUGGUCAUCGCUCUGUUGUCCCUGGGCAUCGCCUACUACGUCAGCGGGGUGCUGCCUUUCUCCACCAGCCAGCUGGAGCUUGUGCACUGAGGGAAAGAAGUGACAAAGAAGAAGAAGAAGCAUGGGUUGAAUUAACAAGUGAACUUGUGCUUUCUGCUGUGUAUACAGAAAUCCACAUUUGGCCCAGUUCCUGUUCUGGGCUCUGGGGUGUAGACCAGGGGAAAGCAUCAUAAUGUAUUGUUGAUGAAAUGAUUGACAAAAAAAGAACAAAACACAAUUUCCCAACUGGACGAAAAAGCCCUUAAACCCCUCGUUAAUCUUCUGUAACAUAUCCCUUCUAAACGAAUGAUAGUUAACGCUGCUCUGACGUCGGUCAUCGACUCACAUGAUGCUCGUGUUUUUUUCUUUGAUGCAGUUCUUUGAGGACUUUCCUUUACUUUCUGUUACAUGCAGUGUAUUGCCAAUUGUUUUGUACAUCUUUCUUUUUCUUAAGUGUCCGAUAUUUCACUCGUGUUAUUUAUCAAACGUGUCGUUUUAAUUUGUCCUUUAUACCGUUUUACCGCUUUUCUUUUGUCGUGCGUGUCAUUGAGGAGCGUUGCCUCGUCUGAUUGGACGAAACCAUCGCCGCAGCUUGUUAAGACAUUCCCCGCCUGAAGCAUGAAGCAUCUUAUUCUAUCGGCACAAUGCUCUUAAAGUGUAGGAUCAUGGCGGCAGGUUAUUACUCCUUCUUUUGACCUUACUGUCCCUGUAAACCAUGACUAUGUAGAUUUUUUUUUAUUUGAGGUUUUCCAUUGUUAACUUUCUCUGUAUGAUAACACAUUAAACUGUCAUUUAAAGUGGAACAUGAAUAAACGUGUGUAUCUACAAUGA